AUGCUUCCUGUCGCGGGUAACAUACAAACGGCAAGAAAAAAUUGCUUUUCGCAAAACUAUCCUUUCCGAAAGGAACCUGACGAAGUCGACGAGCACUGCGAACUUCCUCCGUCGGAAUAUGAUGAUAAUUACGUCUACCGUAGGUUUGAGAAGAAAACCAAUUUACGCCGGGAUUGGUUACGCGAGCAGUUUCGUCAAAAGGCAACGGAAACGCUUAUGAAACAGGUGCAACACCAGUACGCUACGCUGCAUCGUCAGGAGGAGGAACGAAUGCCGCUGAGGAAGCGAGAGGAUUACUAUAUGGCGCGCAACAACAGCGGCGAGCCGCAGUAUAAUCUGUACCGGACCGAUGAUAUGGCCACUUUCUGGAAUUAUCAGGCCCGCUCCAAUGCGAACCGGAGAAAGAAUACCAACUUCACCAAACCCAUCAGUGAGCAGCUGGAUCAGCAGUUUGGAUAA